GCACGUCUGGACCCAGGUGCAGCCAUGUUCCAGCUAGUGGAGUGUGUCCCCAACUUCUCAGAGGGGAACAACCAAGAGGUGAUUGAUGCCAUCUCUCAAGCCAUCGCACAGACCCCAGGCUGCAUGCUGCUAGAUGUGGACGCAGGUCCCUCUACUAACCGCACGGUCUACACCUUCGUGGGGCAGCCAGAGUGCGUGGUGGAGGGGGCCCUCAGCGCUGCCCGAGUGGCCUUCCGGCUCAUUGACAUGACCAGACACCAAGGGGAGCACCCUCGCAUGGGGGCCCUGGAUGUCUGCCCCUUCAUCCCUGUGAGGGGUGUCAGCAUGGACGAGUGUGUGCUCUGUGCCCAGGCCUUUGGCCAGCGGCUGGCAGAGGAGCUGGACGUGCCAGUGUACCUGUAUGGUGAAGCAGCACGGACAGCCAGUCGUCGGGCCCUGCCGGCCAUCCGGGCUGGGGAGUACGAGGCCCUCCCUGAGAAGCUCAAGCAGGCCGAGUGGGCACCUGACUUUGGCCCCAGCACCUUCGUCCCUAGCUGGGGGGCAACUACCACGGGGGCACGGAAGUUCCUCAUCGCGUUCAACAUCAACCUGCUCAGCACCAAGGAACAGGCCCACCGCAUCGCCCUGAACCUGCGUGAGCAGGGCCGCGGGAAGGACCAGCCAGGACGCCUCAAGAAGGUUCAGGGCAUCGGCUGGUACCUGGAUGAGAAGAACCUGGCCCAGGUGUCCACGAACCUCCUGGACUUCGAUGUCACGGCACUGCACACAGUCUAUGAGGAGACCUGCAGAGAGGCACGGGAGCUGAGCCUCCCAGUGGUGGGCUCACAACUGGUGGGCCUGGUGCCUCUGAAGGCCCUGCUGGACACAGCUGACUUCUAUUGUGACAAGGAGAACCUCUUCAUCCUGGAGGAAGAGCACCGGAUCAGACUGGUGGUGAACCGCCUGGGCCUGGAUUCCCUGUCCCCCUUCAACCCCAAGGAACGAAUCAUCGAGUACUUGGUGCCCAACCGCAAGCCUGAGCAGAGCCUGGUCAACAAGUCCCUGAGCACCUUCAUCGGCAAGGUGGGCGCCCGGACGGCAGCCCCUGGGGGAGGCUCGGUGGCUGCUGCUGCUGCGGCCAUGGGUGCGGCGCUGGCCUCCAUGGUGGGCCUGAUGACCUAUGGGCGGCGCCAGUUCGAGCACCUUGAUGAGACCAUGCGGCGCCUGAUCCCACCCUUCCACACCGCUGCAGCCCGGCUCACUGCGCUGGUGGAUGCAGACGCCGAGGCCUUUGCUGCCUACCUGGAAGCAAUAAAGCUGCCCAGAAACACACCUGAGGAGAAGGACAGGCGAGUGACUGCCCUGCAAGAGGGGCUGAAGCGGGCAGUCUCUGUGCCCCUGGAACUGGCGGAGACGGUGACCUCGCUGUGGCCGGUGCUGCAGGAGCUGGCAUUGUAUGGGAACCUGACUUGUCGGUCCGACUUGCAGGUGGCAGCCAAAGCCUUGGAGACGGGCGUGUUUGGAGCAUAUUUUAACGUACUCAUCAACCUGAAGGAUGUCACUGAUGUUGCUUUUAAGGGCCAGGUCCACCAGCAUGUCUCCAGUCUCCUGCAGGAAGCCAAGACCCAGGCUGCGCUGGUGCUGGAGCGCCUGGAGGCCCGGCAGGAGUGAC